AUGAAGGAAGUAUUCGGCGUUCCAACAUUCAUAGAUGAUCUUUUCGAAUAUGAACCAUUCCGUCGUUCUGGUAAAUUGCUUGGAUCCGUAAUUGAUUUAUGCGUUCGAAACAUUGAUGAGCUUGAUGCUGAGAUGGGUCCCGUUCUGGUGAUGUAUGGUCGUCGGCAUUAUCAUCGGUAUACUCAAGGAUUUCAUCUCAAAUACGUACCAAUAUUUGUUAAAUGUAUGAGCGAAUUCGUUGACGCAAACAUAAAUGAAGGUGGUAGAACAACAGAAAUAGAAGGCGGCUGGCAUUCGUUAUUUGAUUACAUUGCUUCGAAAAUAGUGGAAGGCGUUCACUUGGAACGUCAUAGAAAUCAUUCGACACGUCGGAAAUCUGUUUUUUAA